AUGGUUGUGAGCGGUCGCUUCAUCGUUUUCAUACUCAUCGCUAUGCUCGGUAUAGCCAAUACACUGCCUGAUAAUCCAUUAUCUCGAUACAUAAAGACUUCGAAAGAAAUGUGCAGUUUCAAUGGUAAGUUGAAUCAGCUUCUUCGACCAGAAAAUUAUGCUUCAGACAAUCUGCUGUACCUCAUCACCUUCUUCUUCAUGAUGAUCAGCAUCUCUUCUCUUCUGAGACUGUUUUUGACAUAUUAUUAUGUCAUUCCAAAAGCACAAGCAGAAGCUGCGAAUGAGGCAAAGAAAAAAAAACCUUUUCCGAACGAACCUCAACAUGAGGUGUAUAGAGGAGACUCUAACAAGAUUGCUGGUGCCGUCCAGAAAGGACAGCUUGUGUACAGAAUUGCACGCCACUAA